AUGGCUGUUUGUGUCGCUGUUAUCGGAAAAGAUAAUUCCCCGCUUUAUAUCGGAGGUAUUGGUAAUGAUACCAGUACUGAUAAUGAAUUAUCUCGUCAAUGGCUGGUUCAUACUGCGCUAGAUGCUUUAGAAGAACGACUGGCUACAACUAACUCUAACAAUGCAAAUACCGCCGCAAAUACUACACGAACUGAUUUACGAGAUCUGUACUUGGGACUUCUUUAUUCUACGGACACUCAUAAGAUAUAUGGUUAUGUUACUAAUACUAGAAUAAAGCUAGUCCUCGUAACAAGUUCUACUUCACCAAGCGGAAGUAACAUACGCGAUGCUGAAGUGAGGACUGCUUUGCGCAGACUUCAUGCUCUAUAUGCAGAUGCUAUUUGCAAUCCAUUCCAUUUGCCUGGAGACCAAAUCGUUUCCUCCAAAUUCGAUAAACAAGUAAAGAACCUUAUGAUAAACAAUGUU